CAUCGUCGCUAUGUGUAAUUAUUAUUGGUUUUCUCCCUUAAUAGAAAACAUCUUCUGAGUUAAAAAGUUGAAUGUUUUUGAUUAAUUAAAGAACUCGGAUAAAAUUAGAGCAAUACGAAAAAUAAUGGACAAUGGUUCUUAAAUUUAAAAGUGCAAUAUUUCAGAAAAUUUGUCCUGAUAUCGUAAAUAGAAUUGCAAUAAACAUUCGACUACGCUCCAGUGAAAACUAAGGAAUGCCUAUAUAUUACAGCGGAAAGAUUUGCACAAAUCAUAAGGAUUCUGCAUUGCAGACAAUAUCAAUAGUGAGCAAAUAUUAACGAAAAAAAAUAGCUAUAGAAUAGCGGAUGGCACAAUUUCCAUUUCUUUCGCGCUGAUGUUAUGGUCGAAUAAAAGACGUAGUUCUGAUCAAUGGAACACGAAAAAUCACAACAUGAACUAGGAUAUGUAUGCAAAUGCAGACAGGAGGUUUACGCGAAAGAAUUUAGAUCAACAAGGUCCUGGCUCAAACAGAUUAUAUAUAAAGAAAAAAAUUGUACGCGAAAGGACCAAGAUUGCCAAUAAUCGCUAUUGUAGGAAAAUACGUCAAUUAUAAUUAAUAAUUGUAAACACCAAAAUCAUACAAUUACAUAUCACCGGGUUUGUUUAUAUCUGCCCGUACCAUCAGAAUUCAAACCGUAGCGUUGAUGCAAUAGGUAUGGUGCCUGGCGGAAAUUCAAAUCUGAAAUCCAAACGAGCUGUAAGAGGGAAAAUUUCAAAACAAAUAAGUAAAACUAAAGUACACUAUUUCCAUGUACCAUUAUGGCCGAAAUUGACUUUGUUGUUUUGAAGGUAAAUGGCACCGAUAUAAAUCAGUUGCCAGAACAAAAAGUGGUUCAAAUGUUCCUUAAUUCCGGUGAGCCGUUGCUUGUGGAAAUUCAUAGAAAAUAUAGCUCUAACGCAGACUGUAUAGGUGAUAGCAAUUUAAGCAAAAAUGACUGCGAUAACAUUAGCUCGAAAAUGGAGGUACUUCAGCUUUCAUCAAAUGAGCAAAACACGAAAAAUGUCGCUGCAAGCUCAUCUUCUACAAUAAAAUUGGUUUUAGCUAUGAAACCGUCACCACCGGCGAAGAGUGUAGAAAAUUAUUUUGAGCGUGUGUGUAAAACUACGCAAACCGACACAAGCUAUUUUCUAUAUGAUAGUGCAAAGGAGGCGGCCGAUCAUUUCAUUGAACAUGAGCAUAAUUUAUUGGAACAAUGUUUGGCACCAGAAAUUGAUAUAGAAGAAAUUACGCUGCGAAAGUCAGAUAGCAAUGAACGUUUGGGAUUAAUUGUUUGUUAUAAUAAUUGUGGCAGCAACGGUAAUGGCGGUGAACACAAUGGUGCCUUGUCUAGUUCUGACGACAACGACGCAUGCACUGAAGUAUACAUAAGUGGCAUACAACCCGAUAGUGUAGCUGGACGAGAUGGCAGGCUGCGCCAAGGUGAUCAAAUACUACAAAUCAAUGGGAAGGAUAUUAAAAAUAAGGAAGAAACUGAAUUGUUAAUUGCUGAAAAUAAUAAUGCUGUAACUCUACUAGUUAGCCGGUACCUUUUUGCGGAUGAGGACGAUUUUAACGACCCUUUGUUGGCUGAACUAGAAAUUGAUGACGAGGAUGACGGCGAGGAGGAAGAGUAUUACGUUGAAAGUAAUAUGACUUACGAAAAUUGCUUGCCACAGAAUGAACCCACUUCUGAAUUAGAAAAGGCUUUAGCAGGUCACAGCGAGAGUAAAACCAAAAAACAACAAACUGUUUUCGUUGAACAAAAUCCGACAGUGGCAGCUACUACCGCCGACACAACAUUGCCGGCACUUAGUAGUUUUACUCAAACAAAUGUAGCUACCGUAAAUAGUCCGGAGAAACAGCUGAAAGAUAUUGAACAUUUGCAUAAUCAUGCUGCUUCACAGCUAAAUAUAAAAAAGGACUCUAACUCUGCAAAAAAGAUUUUGCGACCAGCCAAAACAGACCAGAUUGCAUGGCGUACACCUACAACGUUAGCAGCGUCCAGAAUUAAAUCGAAUGAACAAAAAGAUUGUAACUACGAUACCACAGAACAUAUAUAUGAAACAAUACCAGAGGAUUCAGAAUCGGAGCCAGUUUAUUGCUCGCCAUACGAGAGUUCAACAUAUGUAACGGCAUUGGGGUCCUGUUCGUCGGCGGGUACGGACUCUUUCCAACAGCUGCAGCAAAAGAAAAAUGUCGUAAAAUGGUUAGAUGUAUGUGCCACGCCAAUGACGAUUUCCGAAAAUGCUGUCAAAGGAUCUGUACGUAGUACCAGCAGUUGUAUACGUAAAUAUUGGAAUAGUGAUACGAAUGAUACGCUAAUACGUAAAAAAAACAAUACGGUCUCUAGUAUAUUAACAACUAUAACAAACGGUUCAAGUAGUAGUGGAGGCAGCGCUAAUAGCGGUGGCAGCAAUAGAACUGAUAUUUCGCAAGAUGAGGCGCAUGAUAAUUCUUCUAGUGCUUACAAUACGGGCGGCUCACAUAAUAGUACAGUUCAACUUUUUUCGGUGCUUAAUCCAAACUGUAAGUGCAAUAGUAUACUUGAAGACUGCAAAGUGCAGCAUAUGCCAGACUCAAAAAGCAAGACUACGCUUGUUGUGACUAACAUUAGCAGUGACAAUAUACCGCAGUUUUCACAAACUCUGCGCAGUAAUCUAGAUGGCACAAAUCCUUUAUCGAGUACGGCUGUAGAAGAACAAAUUAAAUAUCCCCUCGAAUCGAUGGUUUAUCAGACAUUUCAUAAAAGUAUGUGCCGAGAAGUGAUUUCACAGCAACAACAACAUGAAUUUUCUCAAUCACUGAAGCAUGAUAAAAUACAUCAUCAGAAGAACGCAUGUUGUCCGCAGUUCGUUGCACCGAACCUAAGUCAAUAUCAUUUUGUUAGCAGUCAAGAGGUUGGAAGGGGUUCUCAGCUGGUAGCAACAGUACCUACACUUACUAACGCUGAUGUUAACCAGAAACCGCAUUCUAAAGAUGAAACCAUGGUUUGGAAAGUAAAACGUCGUCAAGAUGGUACAAGAUAUAUUGUGCGUCGUCCUGCUCGUAAUCGCUGCAUGGUUCGCGAUCGUUCUAUUCGUAUUAAUACUGAACACAUACGUAAUAGAGAUAUGUCAACAACUACUGAAGAGGAUAAUGUAUCAGAAGUCAAAGCUGGACGUUACUGGUCAAAAGAAGACCGAAAGAAGCAUGUUGAGCGUGCUAGAGAACGCAAACAACAACAACAACUCGUUGAUGGUGUGGUUGUAUCUAAAAUCUGCUUAAAAGAUCAUAAUUCCUCAAGACCGCUUCCACAAAAAAGAAAUAGUUUGAACCAGCAAUAUCGAACGAAUCAAAAUCGAGUUAUUGAACAAGGCUCUAAUACUAUGCAACAAUCAUAUACCACUGCGUCAUUGCAACAGCAUUAUCAACUGCAAUUUAAUUCUUCACGAAUACCGUGUCAAAAACCAUCGCGCAUAGUUGCAGGAUGUGAUUCUAAUAGCGCAAACGGCCUUUCUAGUACUUCGUAUAAUGAAAUGCAGUUCAUGCCAUCCAAGGAGCCGGCGCUUGAAACAACUGAAAAGGAGAUAAGUAGAUCGUCACUGACGGACACUACCCCGGCGGUUAACAAAGUAAACAGCGAUGUACAAUGUCGGCCAUUAGUGUUGCCUGGUCCCCAAGCUGUUGGCUUUACAAACACUCCGAAUGUCACAACAUCCGCCGAAGGCAGUGAAUUACAAAAUUUUAUUUCCAUAACUUCAAUAUAAAAGUUUCUGUCAUAUCUUGCCUUUCAUUCCAUUUUUUUAUUUACUCAUAUUUUCUAUUAAAUUACUUAUUAAAUAAAAUACAAAAUAUACUAGUCCUUUGAAAUUAAAGAAA